AUGUUCAAUCGCACCGCCGCUUCACUCCGUGCUGCUCACCACCGGAGCGAUGCCGCGUUCAAUGCGGACAACGUUUCGGAGGAGCCCACCUCUCCUACGCUCGCCCAACGCCUCAAGACGACGGAUCUGCAAUGCCUCAAUUCGGUCCCAAACCCUCUACCAUCUACCAUCCCUGCCGAUACGGCGGAGCCGACUAUCCCCACCAUUAUCCACCAGCAAGGCUCAAUCCUCUCCGACGAUCACGGGAGCAUGUACACUAUGCAUCCACCUGCGCCUCCCGCUGGACCUCUACGCUCAAUCCGCCGCCCCCGACGCAGAGCCGCAUCUUCCCUGCAGUCAACGUGGGACGACAUCGUCUCAACCCCUCGCAGAUUCCGUCAUUUGCAGACUUUCCACGUUCCGGCUCAAGUCCUCCCCUCCGAAGUGUUGACGAACGUCGUGAGAGGAGAAGGAUAUGAUAUUCGUCUGGAUCCGAGUCGGAGUCUGGUUCCAUCUGCUACUGCUACUGCUGCCGUAAGAGGGAUCGGCAUGGAGGAGGAGGAGGAGGAAGAGUGGGAUGGAGUUGUCGGCAGCUACUGUGCUCGCAUCUAUGCACGCGAUGGUGCGGCUAAACAGCCGGAGGAGACCGUGUUACAGCAGCCAAUGGAGGUUGGUACUGCCGCGCGGACCGCCGACACCGUCCAUCUGGUCCGAGAAGAGACUUACCCGCCAGGAAGACACCACAUUGUGAAUGGUCGAAAUAACGGGCAGCAUCUGCGUGGCGGACCACGAUCGAUCGGCGUGGGCCAACGCAUGAUCCUUGCAGCUCGCGACUCCCAGCAACAUCAACACUCCAAACUCCUCAUCCUCCAAGACGCCGCCGACAACUUCUGGGUGCCCUGGUACCUCACCUCGGAGCAACUGAUCCAACUCCUCCGCAUCCUCCAAGUGCAAACAGGCUCUACUCCAGAUGUCACGACAACAGGCUCCCCUCCAGACGUUACGAAAGCACGCUCCCCUCUAGACAUUACGAAAGCACGCUCCCCUCCAGAUGUUACGAAAACCCUCACUCGUCGCAGAACUCCGCAUCUGCCUCCUCUACACAGACGACUCCCAGGCAUACCAACAUUGGCCCUCCAAACGCAUGUCAUCAGCGCGACCGUGGAACACGCUGCCCGCCCAGCAUUCGACUCCCGUGUUCAUCAAGGCAACAACGAAGGCGAAGCUCGUCCCACAGCGGCGGCAGACAGCAAUACGGCGGACAACACAGCCCUCACACGCCCUCUGCGGAGCUGUCGGACCUUCACGCUCCGCACGGAUAGAGGACGACCACUCUCUCUCCGCAACUCCAUCCGACUUCGACAUCCUCGACCAGCAAGGGGAAGGAUAAGCAGGACGCACGCCGAAACCCAGCACGCCGAUGCCCAGCGCGCCGACACUCCUCAGCACGACGACAGCGAGUACGACGACACCAAGCACAUCGACACCGCGCACGACGACACCAAUGGAGAGAUCAUCGUGGCGCACAAGCCUCUCAUCCCUCCGGACAUGGUCGUGCCGUCCGCCGACGCCCAUUCCGCCGACACCGAUCCCCUCGACGACAGCAAUCCCAAGCGCAGUCCCGAAUCAUCAGUUGCGGAAGAUGAGGACGAGGAGGAGAAUGAACACACACCCGAGACGAAUGCAGAGAUUGCGGCAUUGAAAUCUCCCAACAUAUCGUCUCAAGAACACCUUCGCGCUAGGCAAAUGAAGAAGUCUGGUCGCCGCGUGGUAAGCAGAGGGAUGAAUGGCAAGCGCUCAUUGCCACCUGCGGAGGACUCGAAUUCUUCUUCCAAGGCGGAGGACUCGACUUUUUCUUCCCAGGCGGAAGAGUCUCCGCCGCGGAAAAAGUCUUGCCUUGACCCUAUCUCGCCACCGUCGGCGCCAGAAAAGGCAUCGCUUACCUUCACCGUCGCCGACUGGCUGGAGUAUGAUCCGAUGACAAAAAAGGUCCUUACGGCAUGGACUUCGGGGUGGAUCACCGAGGAGCAGAAGCGAUACUGGGAAGGCGAUGGUCCGGGCAAGGGCAAGGGCGCCGGGAAGAGCAAGGGCGCAGGCAAGAGUAAGGCCAAGACAGUGCCAACGUACACCUACAUCGACAGCGUGUUGCAUGAGAAGGACAGUGGGAUAGGCAAGCAGCUGUUUGUCUCUUGGAAGCCGACAUGGGAGCCGAAGGAGAACUUCGAAAAUAUCACGGGGUUUGCCCAGUGGCUGGAUGAUGAGGACCACUGA